AUGGAUGGGCAUGCGACCGCCGCGGCCGGUGCCCACCAAAGCCGCCAGAAUGCUCUCGCCGACAUCCACUUCGCUUCCAUCAUGGAUGCUGAUCUCACACCUUCCGAAGACGAGACGCCCUACGAGCGGACACUGCAGCUGGAGACGGUGCAGUCGGCCAUAGGCAUUAGCAUUGGCCAGCAGCAGACGCGCCUGACCUCGCCCAAGACACCUGCUGCGGAGAAAGCGGCCGCGCUCGAGGACAGCGACGGCGGUGCGCUUUUUGAGGGCUGGGAACAGCCUCCAGAACCGAGCCCUCUGCCCAUACCCCGCGAGUUUCCCCGCGAUCCGCCCGCUUCUCGAGCGUCGGCGCAAACUCGCGGAGCCGAAGCUUCAGAGAAAGAGCGUCCUGCCCGCCUGCCCUCACCGUGGCGGGCGCAGCCCAAAACUUUCACCAAGCAGGAUAAUCACCGAGCUGCACUACGCGAUACCCUCAAUACCAAGUCUAGGCGACGAACCAUGUCUGGGGGUGCGAGUGACUAUCUCAAAAAGUAUAUACCGUUCAAUCUGCCGUCCAUUCCAAAGACGUCAAGCCUGCUCAAUUUCUCACUCCCAAGUUUCUCCGUUUCGUCCUUUGACAAUGUUGGCCGACAUCCAUAUGCACAUGCGCCACAGUACCGCAACCGCGUCUCCCAGCCCAUGCGCCGCGGACCAUCUGAGACGCUAUCGCAGCACGACGGCACCUCUCUCGCGAAGCCCAUCCGUGGAAGGAGUAGAUCCCGCUCACGCAGCCUAACCCGACCGCAAAAUACCACCGCCGAUUCCGUCUCUCGACAAGAUUCCAGCCCAGAGACAGGCGGGGAUACAGAGGACACGGACGGAACCAUCACUCCCCCAGAAGCGCCCAAACCCGAGGUCAACAUGCGGCCGCCACCGAUUCUGCGCAGAUCAAAUUCGGAAGGAUCUUUGUUGCUUUACCGCUCUCGAUCGAUUGCAUCCUCACUCGGCGACGACUCACGAUUCGAGCAUGUUUCAGAGCAGGUGAACAGUAGGCUGAAGGCGAUCAAGGAUAGCUGGCAAGAUUCAAAUUUCAAGCUCUCUGUCCCUUCUAUGCCUAAUUUUAGCUUUUCUUCUAGGGAAGACUUGUUUCGAAAACAGAGUGGUACGUCGACACCACGAGCAGCGAACGCUUCCUUACGGCGAUCGGGAGCCAAAGUCCCCUCAGCGGAUGCGCGGGGAACGGGUGCCGGCAGCGCAGCAUCGCAUCCUUAUUUUACAGCCGCUCUGAACGAUCUGGAAGGCGAUCUCGUGAUCCUUGGUGGCUACCGGGGCUCGAUUCUUCGUUCUGCUGAACCGCCUCACCGCCAGCUUUGGGUUCCUAUCAAAGUUGGACUUAACCUCCGCAAGGUAGAUCUAGAAAUCGGACUUCAUCCCGAGGACGAAGAAACCAUGGAAGAACGCAUCAUUCCGGGCGGCAUGCUCACGCACAUUGGACCUGUUGACAUUGCCAAACGUCUAUUCAAGCGCUUGCGAGCAUCAGAAAAUGCGAGGAAUGGCCACCUAAGAGUCCACGAUUACGGUUACGACUGGAGACUGUCGCCCCAUCUGCUCAGCCGUCGCAUGAUCAAGUUUCUUGAAAAUCUGCCCUGCAACCAGCCGGGCGUACCGCCAGACAGACGCGGGGCGAUCGUAGUUGCGCAUUCCCUGGGUGGGCUGAUCACUCGCCACGUGAUCAACCAACGCCCUGACCUGGUGGCUGGGGUCGUUUACGCAGGCGUACCUCAGCGUUGUAUCAAUAUUUUGGGACCCUUCCGCAACGGAGAUGACGUCCUGCUUUCGUCUCGCGUGCUGACAGCGCAGGUGAACUUUACCAUUCGCACAUCCUAUGCACUUCUGCCUCUAGAUGGGCAAUGCUUCAUCAAUAAACACACCAAAGAACAAUAUCGGGUCGACUUCUUUGACCCUAAGAUGUGGGAAGAAUACAGGCUGUCGCCGUGCAUUGCCCCAGCUAUCCCAGUGGCUGCUCCAGCGCCAACUUCAAAUCUGAGUGUGAGCGGUUUGCUGAAUGCCAUGUCACAAGCCCUGCCAACGCUUCCGGGACGCAAGAACAGCAUGAGUACACCGAAAGGCGACGACAGCAAUACAGGUUCCAGCGGCUCCCACAACUCAGCCAGUGCGGCUGUACGAGACACUGCUCGCAACGCUGUGGACAUGGUUGCGGAAGGAGGCGCACAGGCGACUGGUUUUGAACCUAAGAUGCAGACAGAUGUUGCGCAUUCUUCGCCUAGCAGUACUAGUACAAUUCCACACGAUCAGGCUGUCGCCUAUCUCACUCGCACUCUCGCUGAGAUCAAGCAAUUCAAGGAAGAGCUCGACCAUCGCCCGGAGCACACUUCGUCAAACGCUUAUCCGCCCAUUGCCCUAAUCUAUGGAAAGUCCACGCCUACGGUCUAUGGCGCGAAAGUGGAAAGCCGAGAAGCAAUCAAGCUUACUUCUGCAUAUGACGAACUUGCUUUCGCGAGCGGAGAUGGUGUGGUGUUGGCAAAGGCGGCUAUGGUUCCACAAGGCUACAGGGUCGUUCGAGGGGGCGUGGUGCCAAGCGAGAGAGGCCAUGUCACGCUUCUGGGUGAUCUGGAGGCUGUCGGAAGGUGUCUUUUCGCCGUGAUGGGUGCGAGGAAGAGAGGCAUCGGUUUAGGAGAGGCAGCACUGAAAGGAAGGGCCCCUGAGAAGGGUGAAACAAUGGGUGUGACUUUCUGA